AUGACCGAACCCACUAAAAUCAAUAUAUUGGGCCAGGAGAGCAUCAUCGCUGAUUUUGGCCUCUGGCGUAACUAUGUCGCCCAGGACCUGAUCAGUGGUCUGCCCUCCACCACCUACGUCCUCAUCACUGAUUCCCAUCUUGAUUCGAUAUAUACUCCUGGUUUCCAAAAAUCUUUCGAUGCUGCUGCCACCUCCGUCUCUCCCGCGCCACGUCUUUUGACUUACGUUGCUGCACCUGGAGAGAGCUCGAAAUCCCGUCAGACCAAGGCUGACAUCGAAGACUGGAUGCUCAGCCAAAAUCCGCCAUGUGGUCGCGAUACUGUAGUUAUUGCCCUAGGUGGUGGAGUUAUUGGUGAUCUGACUGGAUUCGUUGCCGCAACCUACAUGCGUGGUGUUCGCAUCGUGCAGGUCCCCACCACCCUUCUCGCCAUGGUUGAUUCUUCAAUCGGCGGAAAGACUGCUAUUGACACCCCUCUCGGCAAGAACUUGAUCGGCGCCAUCUGGCAACCGUCAAGAAUCUACAUUGAUCUCGAAUUCUUGGAAACUCUCCCCGCGCGUGAGUUCAUCAAUGGUAUGGGCGAGGUCAUCAAAACUGCUGCAAUUUCAAGCGAAGCAGAAUUCACCGCAUUGGAAGACAAUGCGGAUGUGAUUCUCGCUGCUGUUCAGGCAAAGCCUGGGCAUGGUCGCUUUGAUAACGUGCGAGACAUCCUCAAGGCCAGAAUUUUGGCAUCAGCCCAUUACAAGGCUUCUGUUGUCUCUGCAGACGAGCGUGAGGGUGGUCUCCGCAACCUCCUGAACUGGGGACACUCCAUUGGUCAUGCUAUCGAGGCAAUUCUAACACCCCAGAUCCUCCACGGAGAGUGUGUCGCCAUUGGAAUGGUUAAGGAGGCUGAAUUGGCCAGACACCUCGGAACUCUGAAGGGUGUUGCUGUUGCCCGUAUCGUGAAAUGCAUUUCGGCCUACGGCUUGCCCACUUCUAUUAAAGACUCCCGUGUGCGCAAGUUGACCGCUGGAAAGACCUGCCCGGUAGAUCAGCUGCUGUUCAAUAUGGCUCUGGACAAGAAGAACGACGGACCCAAGAAGAAGGUUGUUCUGUUGUCGGCCAUCGGCCGUACCCACGAGCCCAAGGCCAGCAUUGUCUCAAACCAGGAUAUCGGUGUUGUUCUGGCUCCCAGCGUCGAAGUGUACCCUGGUGUGCCCAGAUCUUUGAAGGUGACCUGUGCACCUCCCGGAUCCAAGAGUAUCUCAAACCGCGCUCUUGUGCUUGCUGCCCUUGGUUCGGGCACCUGCCGCGUCAAGAAUCUCCUGCAUUCUGAUGACACAGAGGUCAUGUUGAGGGCCUUGGAGUUGCUAGGCGCCGCAACCUUCUCUUGGGAGCAAGAGGGUGAGGUUCUCGUCGUAAAUGGCCAGGGCGGCAACAUCGUCGCUAGCCCAUCGCCUUUGUACCUUGGUAACGCUGGAACCGCCUCCAGGUUCCUGACUACCGUCGCAACUCUCGCUAAGCCGAGCAGCGUUGACUCGAGCAUUUUGACUGGUAACAACAGAAUGAAGCAAAGACCCAUUGGCGAUCUUGUCGAUGCCUUGGCAGUGAACGGCGCUGGAGUUGAAUAUAUGGAGCGCAAGGGCAGUCUUCCUCUCAAGAUUGCGGCUUCUGGCGGCUUCGCUGGAGGCAACAUCAACCUCGCUGCUAAGGUUUCUUCCCAGUACGUGUCUUCGCUACUCAUGUGCGCUCCUUACGCCAAGGAGCCAGUGACAUUGAGACUGGUUGGAGGCAAGCCCAUCUCUCAGCCGUAUAUCGAUAUGACUACAGCAAUGAUGAGAUCUUUUGGUAUUGAUGUUAAGAAAUCUACCACUGAGGAGCACACCUACCAUAUUCCUCAGGGCCACUACGUGAACCCUGCUGAGUAUGUUGUCGAGAGCGAUGCCAGUUCCGCCACUUAUCCCCUGGCUAUUGCAGCUAUUACCGGUACCACCUGCACUGUUCCCAACAUUGGUUCCAAGUCACUUCAGGGUGAUGCUCGUUUUGCUGUGGAAGUGCUCCGACCUAUGGGCUGCUCAGUCGAACAAUCCGAUACUUCAACCACAGUCACUGGACCUAGCAGUGGCAUUCUCCGGCCAUUGCCCAAUGUAGACAUGGAGCCAAUGACCGAUGCUUUCCUCACUGCCUCUGUCCUCGCUGCUGUCGCUCGUGGAGAGGGCUCAAACCAUACUACCCGUAUUUAUGGAAUCGCAAACCAGCGUGUCAAGGAGUGUAAUCGUAUCAAGGCUAUGAAAGAUGAGCUGGCCAAGUACGGCGUACUCUGCCGAGAACACGAUGACGGUCUUGAGAUCGACGGCAUUGAUCGCUCCACUCUCCGCCAACCCCAUGGUGGUAUUUACUGCUACGACGACCACCGCGUCGCCUUCAGUUUCAGCGUUCUAUCCCUUGUCGCUCCUAAGCCCACUCUUAUCCUUGAGCGCGAAUGUGUCGGUAAGACCUGGCCCGGCUGGUGGGACACCCUUAAGCAGCUUUUCGGUGUCAACCUCGAAGGAAAGGAGCUGAGCGAGGAAGAAUUGGCUGUGUCGACCGAGGAAGAGAAGGCCAGUGGUUCGGUCUUCAUCAUUGGCAUGCGUGGUGCCGGUAAGACUACCACCGGCCACUGGGUAGCCAAGAGCCUGGAUCGUCCUUUCAUUGAUCUGGACACUGAACUUGAGAGCACUGUGGGUAUGACUAUCCCUGAUUUGAUCAAGAAGGAGGGCUGGCAAGGCUUCAGAGAUGCAGAGCUUUCGCUACUCCAGCGUACCAUGCGUGAACGCCCCACGAACUACGUCUUUGCUUGCGGUGGUGGUAUUGUUGAAAUUCCCGAGGCUCGGAAGCUCCUUACCGACUACCACAAGACCAAGGGCAACGUCCUUCUCAUCAACCGUGAUAUCAACCAAGUCAUGGACUUUUUGCAGAUUGACAAGACUCGACCCGCCUAUAUUGAGGACAUGAUGGGGGUGUGGCUGCGCCGGAAGCCUUGGUUCCAGGAGUGCAGCAACAUCCAGUACUACAGCCAGCAAUCCAACACAACUGAACUUACCCUUGCCUCGGAGGAUUUCCACCGCUUCAUCAAGGUGGUCACCGGCCAAACAAACAACCUUGAACUCCUUAAGAAGAAGAAACACAGCUUCUUUGUCUCAUUGACCCUGCCCGACCUGAGCGAGUGCGGCGAUAUUUUGACUGCGGCCUGCGUCGGAUCUGACGCCGUGGAACUGCGCGUUGAUUUGUUGAAGAACUCAGCUUCGGACAGCGAAAUUCCCUCUGUGGAUUACGUAGCCGAGCAGAUUUCUUUCCUGCGCCGUCGUGUCUCGCUUCCCAUUAUCUUCACUAUUCGCACCAAGAGCCAAGGUGGUCGCUUCCCUGAUGAUGCCCACGAUGCUGCCUUGCAACUCUACAGCUUGGCAUUCCGCUCCGGGUGUGAAUUUGUGGACCUCGAAAUCGCAUUCCCCGAUGACAUGCUUCACACCAUCACCGAAAUGAAAGGCCACUCGAAGAUCAUCGCUUCGCACCACGAUCCUGAGGGUAAGCUUUCAUGGUCCAACAUGUCCUGGAUUUCUUCCUACAACCGUGCCCUGGAGUACGGUGAUGUGAUCAAGCUGGUUGGUGUUGCCAAAAGCCUAGACGACAACAACGAGUUGAGGAAGUUCAAGGCAUGGGCAGCAGAGUCUCAUGAGACUCCAUUGAUUGCGAUCAAUAUGGGCGAUAAUGGCCAACUGAGCCGCAUCCUUAACGGUUUCAUGACCCCUGUGUCUCACCCCAGUCUCCCCUUCAAGGCGGCACCCGGUCAACUUUCCGCGACUGAAAUUCGCAAAGGUCUCUCCCUGCUGGGUGAAAUAAAGGCCAAGAAAUUUGCCAUCUUCGGAUCACCUGUUUCCGCUUCACGGUCACCUGCUCUCCAUAACACGCUUUUUGCUGAGACCGGCCUUCCGUACGAGUACACACGUAUAGAGACAACCAAUGCUGAAGACGUCAAGGAAUUCAUUCACGCCGCUGACUUCGGUGGAGCCUCAGUGACCAUUCCUCUAAAGCUUGACAUCAUGCCUCUUCUGGAUGAAGUUGCUCAGGAGGCUGAGAUUAUCGGAGCUGUCAACACCAUCGUACCCGUGGAAAAUGGCGACAAGCCCCCUCGCUUGGUCGGCUACAACACCGACUGGCAGGGGAUGGUUCGCUGCCUACGCAACGAAGGUAUCUACGGCUCUAACGGCUCUGAGAGCGCCGUAGUCGUCGGUAGUGGCGGCACCGCUCGUGCUGCUAUCUACGCCCUCCACCACAUGGGCUUUUCCCCCAUCUACAUCAUCGGACGCACUGCCAGCAAACUUGAGGGUAUGGUCUCGACUUUCCCGACCAGCUACAACAUCCGUAUCGUGGAUAGGAACCCUCAGAUUGACACUAUUCCGCGAGUUGCCGUAGGCACUAUCCCCGCCGAUCGUCCCAUUGACCCGGCCAUGCGUGAGACCCUCUGCCACAUGUUCCAGCGUGCCGAGGAAGUCGACAGUACUCUUGAGGAAAAGUCGCCGCGUGUCCUGCUAGAGAUGGCCUACAAGCCCUCCGUGACAGCUCUUAUGCAGCUGGCUGCCAAUGCAGGCUGGAGCACCAUUCCUGGACUGGAAGUCCUUGUUGGCCAGGGAGUUAAUCAGUUCAUCCACUGGACUGGUAUUUCUCCUCUUUACCACAUUGCUAGGGAUGCUGUUUUGGGCAAUUAA